AUGGUCUCUCACGAAGUAUCUAUUGGUCUGAUCAUUAUUACCGUACUAAUACGUGUAGGUUCUCGUAAUUCAAGUGAGAUCGUCACGGCGCAAAGGCAGAUAUGGUUUGGUAUUCCCUUGUUCCCCGUAUUGGUUAUGUCCUCCAUCCCUCGUCCAGCAGAAACUAAUCGAGCUCCUCUUGAUCUCCCAGAAGCGGAAGCUGAAUCAGUUGCAGGCUAUAAUGCAGAAUAUGCGCGGGAUGCGAUCCUCGGGAGUUCACUGUUGGCGGAAGCCGAUGUCCCUGCAGGGCGGGGACUAAUUCGGACUGAAACAAGGCCAACUGCUUAUCGAUUGGAGGCCGGGCCCGGCGGCACUAUUCAAUUCAUUCGAACGCGGGAACCACGAAUCAAAAUCACCGAUCCCACCGUGGAGUUAGAGGCAAAGGCUAUAGCAACAGAGCAAGAAGCAACAGAGCCAGAAGCAAGGAUGCAUGGAUCUAUAACUGGCACUGGGUAA